AUGGCCGAUAAAUUGAAGAAGGGUGGCAAUGGAGAUGGGGAUGGCGCCUGGAGCGAUGCAGUGCUUAACAAGCUGCUAUCUGAGCUCAAGAACAAGAACCCUGAGAUCCGAGCCAAGGCGGCCAAGAAGCUCAAGAAUCAUCCGUCUGUCCUUUCCAACCUGCUCUACUUGUCGCCGGUCGCCACACAAGCACGCGAGAUGUCGAGCGAGCACUUCACGCGCUUCAUGAACGACCUCACCAACAAACACAUAUUCGAGCUUGUAAAUAGUCAGGUCGUGCACGAGAAAAUCGGAGGCAUCAUGGCCAUCGACAAACUGAUCGACAUCGAGCACGACGAGAACGCGAAAACGACGCGCCUGGCCAACUAUCUCCGACUCGGCCUCCAAUCCAACGAUCCCACCGUCAUGACAAUGGCUGCCAAAGCUCUGGGUCGCUUGGCCCAAGCCAGCGGUACGCUGACGGCGGUGUUCGUGGUCGAGUUCGAGGUCAAGCGCGCGCUCGAAUGGCUGCAGGAUGCCCGACACGAAUCACGACGCUACGCCGCCGUGCUCGUGCUCAAAGAGCUCGCAGAAAACGCGCCCACCCUGUUCUAUGUCCACGUCGCAUCGUCGGCUCUGCAUGACAACAACGUCUCCAUCCGAGAGGGCGCUGUGGACGCACUGCACGCUGCGCUGGCUCUCAUUUCCGAGCGCGAGAACCGGCUGAGGCUGCAGUGGUACCACAAGAUCUACGAGGAGGCGCAGAAGGGACUGCGCCAGAACACAGUGCCCACGAUCCACGGCUCGCUCAUCACCCUGGGCGAACUGUUGCGAAACACGGGCGAGUUCAUGAACUCGCGAUUCAAGGAGGUGUGCGACACCAUCCUCAAGCACAAGGACCACAAGGAGAAGAUCAUCAAGCGCACCGUCAUCUCGCUCCUACCCCGCCUGGCGGCCUUUGCCUCCGAAGAGUUCGUGCUCAACUACCUGAACGUCUGCAUGCAAACGCUGCUCGCGGUGCUGAAGAAGGACGGCAAGAACGAGGAGCGAGCGAGCGCGUUCAUCGCGUUGGGCGAGAUCGCGCACUCGGUGGGCACCAACAUCAAGCCCUACCUGGAGCAGCUCAUCGGCAUCCUCAAGAGUGCGCUCAACGUCAAGAACAAGAGCUACUGUCUCCAGUCGCUGACCUGCGUGAGCAUGAUCAGCCCGGUCGUCGGCGUUGCCAUGCAGAAGGACAUGCACGAGAUCCUCGAUCUGAUGUUCUCGGGCGGGCUGAACCCGACGCUCACGGAUGCCCUUACGGAGCUGGCGAUCCAUAUCCCGUCCAUGCUGCCCAUGAUCCAGGAGAAGCUCAUGGACCAGCUCUCGAUCGUGCUGGCCGGCAGGCCCUUCACCCACCCCGGCAACCGGACCACCAAGCUCCGGAAGAGUAUCAGCGUGCAGCCCUCGAUCACCGUCGGAUCCCAGCCGAUCUACGCGGACAAGCCUGCCGCGAUCCAGCUGGCCCUGAAGACGCUCGGGUCGUUCAACCUGCAGGAGAAGCUUCUCACGGAAUUCGUGCGCGAGGUGGUGGUGGGCUUCCUCGAUGAUGAUGACCCUUCGAUUCGUAAGGCCGCGGCCCUCACGUGCAGCAGCCUACUGGUGCGCUCCAACACGCAUGCGCCCACCCGAGGCCAGUUGGCCGUCGUCAUCGGCGAAGUGCUCGAAAAGCUGCUCAUUGUCGGCAUUGCCGACCCUGAUUCGUCGAUCAGGAAGACUGUGCUGUCGUGCCUGGACUCGCGAUUCGAUCACCACCUGGCGCAGGCCGAGAACUUGCGUUCGCUUUUCAUCGCCCUGAACGAUGAGGUGUUCGAGAUCCGUGAGUUGGCGAUCACCACCAUCGGCCGACUCACGAUCCGCAAUCCCGCCUACGUGAUGCCUUCGCUCCGCAAGACGCUCAUCCAGCUCCUCACCGAGCUCGAGUUCAGCGGUGACAGCCGCAACAAGGAGGAGAGCGCGCGUCUGCUGGGGCAUCUGAUUCGCUCCUCGCAGCGGCUUAUCAAGCCCUACGUCGAGCCGAUCCUCAACGCCCUGCUCCCCAAGCUCAAGGACACCAAUCCGCGUGUGGCCUCGUGUGUGUUGGCCACGCUGGGCGAGCUAGCGACCGUGGGCGGCGAGGACAUGACGCCGCACAUCCCUCAGCUGCUGCCCCUCAUCAUCGACACCCUCCAGGACCAGAGCUCGGUGGUCAAGCGCGAAGUCGCCCUCCGCACGCUCGGCCAACUCGCCGAGAGCUCCGGCUAUGUGAUCGAGCCAUUCGUCAAGUACCCGAAGCUGCUUGAGAUUCUGAUCAACGAGAUCAAGACCGAGCAGGGGGCGUCGAUCCGCCGCGAGGUGGUCAAGGUGCUGGGCAUCCUGGGCGCGCUGGACCCCUACAAGCACAAGACCAUCCAGAUCGAGGUCCGCAAGGAGAAGAGCGAGGAGACCAGCACCGGGCCGGCCAACCAGCUCCCCACCGACUCGCUGCUGGGCAUGGGCUCGGAGGAGUACUACCUGACCCAUCACACGACGGUGAUCCAGGCGGUGAUGCUCAUCUUCAAGUCGCUGGGCCUCAAGUGCAUCCCGUUCCUGCCGCAAAUCAUGCCGCCCUUCCUGCAGUGCAUGCGCACCAAGGAGACCGGAUUCCUCAAAUUCCUCUUCAAGCAGCUGGGCCUCCUCGUUGCCAUCGUCAAGCAGCACAUCCGGGACUAUCUGGACGAGAUCUUUUCGCUGAUCAAGGAGUACUGGGAGACCUCGCUCCUCGACCAAAUCAUCACCCUCGUCGAGGUCCUCUCGCAGGCACUCAACGACGAGUUCAAGGUGUACCUGCCGGAGCUCAUCCCGCAGAUGCUCAACGUGCUGCACACGGACCGCACCAAGGAGCGCGACGCGACGCAGAACAUCCUGCACGCGCUCGAGCUGGUCGAGCAGGCCGACGUCAUCGACUCGCAGGUGCGGAUCCUGGCCACCCAGACCCUCGGCCGGCUGGGCAACAAGCUCAACUUCUCCGACUACGCGUCGCGCAUCAUUCACCCGCUCGCCCGCAUUCUCGACGGCGACGACCUCGAGAUCAAGCACGUGGACCAUGGAGACGCUCUCGGCUCGGACUACGCCAUCUUCAUCCCCAUGGUCAACAAGGUGCUGGUCAAGCACCGCAUCCAGCACUCACCUACGAGACUCUCGCUGCUGAAGAAUCAGCCGCUGGUGCUGGAGGGCGCCGAGGCGAUCGAGGCCCAGCGGAAGCACGCCGAGUCGAACGCGUCGAGCGAGAUGUUCGCCAUGGGCACCGGGAGCAAGCUCAAGAUGAACGAGCCCAAGCUCCGCAAGGCCUGGGAAGCGUCGAACCGGUCGACAAAAGAUGAUUGGCACGACUGGAUGCGUCGCUUCUCGGUGGAGCUGCUGCAGCAGUCGCCGUCGCCCGCGCUCCGGUCGUGUCUGUCGAUGGCCCAGGUCUACCCGUCGCUGGCGCGCGAGCUGUUCAACGCCGGCUUCGUCUCGUGCUGGACCGAGCUGCACGAGCAGUACCAGGACCAGUGCGUCUACAGCCUCGAGAUGGCCCUCAACGCGCCCUCCAUUCCGCCCGAGAUCCUGCAGAAGCUGCUCAACCUCGCCGAGUUCAUGGAGCACGACGACAAGCCCCUCCCCAUCGACAUCAAGACGUUGGGCGCGCUGGCCGACAAGUGCGCUGCGUUUGCGAAGGCGCUGCACUACAAGGAGAUCGAGUUCCAGACCUCGCCGGCCACCACCUGCGAGGCGCUCAUCUCGAUCAACAACCAGCUCGACCUGCCCGAGGCGGCCGUCGGCAUCCUCCUCUACGCCCAGCAGAACUACGACAUCGAGCUCAAGGAGUCCUGGUACGAGAAGCUCCAGCGCUGGGACCAGGCCAAGGAGGUGUACGAGCGCAAGCAAAAGGCGCGGCCGGAUGACAUCGAGCUGACGAUGGGCCGCAUGCGCUGCCACCACGCGCUUGCCGAGUGGGAGGAAUUGACCAAGCUCGCCGAAGGCAUUUGGCCCAAGGCGGACAAGUCCACCCGCCAGCGGAUGGCGCCCCUCGCCGCGGGCGCCGCCUGGAACCUGCGACUGUGGAAGAACAUUGAGGACUACAUCGGCGUCAUGCCAGACAACACCGUACCGACCAUCAUUCUCAUCAUCAUCAUCAUCAUCAUCAUCAUCACCUUCAUCAUCAUUGCCUUCAUCAUCAUUGCCUUCAUCAUCAUUGCCUUCAAGAAGACUCAUCAACCCGAUGGCACGUUCUUCAAGGCGAUACUCAACCUGCACAAGGAGAACUACGAGGAGGCGCACAAGUACAUCAACAGGACGCGCGAGCUGCUGGACACGGAACUGCGCGCCCUGGUGGGCGAGUCCUACAACCGGGCCUACAAGGUGGUGGUCAAGGUCCAGCAGCUGUCCGAGAUGGAGGAGGUCAUCAACUACAAGCAGUCCGUGGACGCCGAGGACCGGAAGGCCAUGAUCCGCACCAUCUGGACCAAGCGGCUCAAGGGCUGCCAGCGCAACGUCGAAGUUUGGCAGGACAUGCUGGCUGUGCGGUCGAUGGUGAUUCCGCCGAUCGAGGACAUGGACAACUGGCUCAAGUUUUCGAGCCUGUGCCGCAAGAGCGGCCACAUGCGCCUGUCGUACAAGACCCUGGUCAACCUCCUGGGCUUCGACCCCGCGCCCACCUCCCUCGACAAGUUCGCCUCGCACCCCUACCCCGGGGUGACGUUCCACUAUUUGAAGCACAUGUACGACGCGGGGGACAAGAAGGACGCGUUCGAGCGGCUGCGGGUCUUCACCCGGAACCUGCAGGACGACGCCAAGCUGCUGGCCCGGUGCCACCUCACCCUGGGCCAGUGGGAGAGCGAGCUCCACGACAACCUGUCCGAGUCCACCAUUCCGCACAUCCUCGCGUCGUUCAAGGCCGCCACCGAGUACGACGACCACUGGUACAAGGCCUGGCACUCGUGGGCCCUGUCCAACUUCGAGGUCAUCACCCACUACCAGAAGCUGGCCCAGCCCGACAAGAUCACCCCGCACCUCGUGCCCGCCGUCGCCGGCUUCUUCCGCUCCAUCGCCCUCGCCCCGCAGGGCAAGAGCCUCCAGGACACCCUAAGGCUGCUGACGCUGUGGUUCAAGUACGCCGACAAGAAGAAGGUGGAGGAGGCCCUGAUCGAGGGCUUCAACACGGUCUCGAUCGACACGUGGCUCCAGGUCGUGCCGCAGCUCAUCGCCCGCAUCCACUCGCCGGUGCCCAGCGUGGCCUGCAUGGUCCACGACCUGCUCACCAACGUGGGCCGCGAGCACCCCCAGGCCCUCGUCUACCCGCUCUCCGUCGCCUCCAAGUCCCAGGCCUCCGCCCGCGUCUCCGCCGCCAACAGUAUCCUGGACAAGAUGAGGAAGCACUACAACUCGCUGGUCGAGGCGGCGCUGCUGGUGUCGAAGGAGCUGAUCCGGGUGGCGAUCCUGUGGCACGAGAUGUGGCACGAGGGCCUGAACGAGGCCUCGCGCCUCUACUUUAGCAACCGCGACGUCGAGGGCAUGUUCAAGAAGCUCCAGCCCCUCCACGAAAUGCUCGACAAGGGACCGGAGACGCUGCGCGAGGUGUCGUUCCAGCAGGCCUACGGGCGCGACCUGCAGGAGGCGCUCGAGUGGUGCAAGAAGUACUCGCGCUCCAACAAGGUGUCCGACCUCAACCAGGCGUGGGAGCUCUACUACCACGUCUUCCGCCGCCUCGACAAGCAGCUCCUCCAAAUGACCACCUUCGAGCUCCAAUAUGUGUCGCCCAAUCUGCUGGAGGCGCACGAUCUGGAGCUGGCGGUGCCGGGCACCUACGAGGCGCACACGGACGAGGUGGUCAAGAUCGCGUCCUUCGCGCCCUCGCUUUCGGUCAUCAUGUCCAAGCAGCGCCCGCGCAAGCUCUCCAUGUUCGGUUCCGACGGCAAAGAAUACACCUUCCUCCUCAAAGGGCACGAGGAUCUGCGACAGGACGAGCGCGUGAUGCAGCUGUUCGGGCUGAUCAACACGCUGCUGGCCAACGACCGCGAGACCGCGAACCGGCACCUGAGCAUCCAGCGCUACGCCAUCAUCCCGCUGUCGCCCAACAGCGGCCUCAUCGGGUGGGUGCCCAACCACGACACCCUGCACGCCCUCAUCAAGGACUACCGCGAGUCGCGCAAGAUCCUCAUCAACCUCGAGCUCAAGCUCAUGGUCCAGAUGGCCAACGCCUCCACCUGCGACGCCCUCUCCCUCAUCCAAAAGGUGGAGGUGUUCGAGCAUGCGCUGGAGAACACGCAGGGGUCGGACCUGGACAAGGUGCUGUGGCUGAAGAGCCCCAACUCGGAGGUGUGGCUCGACCGGCGCACCAACUACACGCGCUCGUUGGCGGUGAUGUCCAUGGUGGGCUACAUCCUGGGCCUGGGCGACCGCCACCCGUCCAACCUCAUGCUCGACCGCCACACCGGCAAAAUCACCCACAUCGACUUUGGCGACUGCUUCGAGCCCAAGAUGCGCCAGCGGAGCUCCAGCGAGCAGGACGAUGGCGAUCUGCUGGAAUCGCCGUCGCGCGGGGAGACGCCCGAGAUCUUCUCGCCUCCCUCUGGCGGGUCGCCGCACACCGGCACCUACCGCUCCAAGAGCAUCCUGUCGCGCGCCGUGGCCAACGCCGAGCUGGCCUCCGGCACCGAGAACGGACUGAACGAAAGGGCGCUGAAGGUCAUCGACCGCGUGUCGGCCAAGCUGAGGGGCAAGGACUUCAGCAAGGAGCAGAGCCUGGACGUGCCCCAGCAGGUGCAGCGGCUCAUUGACCAGGCCACCUCCCACGAAAACCUCUGCCAAUGCUGGACCGGCUGGUGCCCCUUCUGGUAG